GUAGGGAAUCUCCAAAUCAGUUAUGACUUUUGAACACCCUCCAAAUCGCGAUCUAAUCGCCCUUUUAAAUUUCCGGAAAUUUUUCUCUCCUUUAUCGUUUAAUGGUUGGAUUAACCACUUCAAAAGCCGGGAAUAUUGUACAAGAUGGCAAAAACAUUCUAUUACUUCGGAUAUGGAAGCAACCUGUUCAAACAAAGAUUACAUCUCGCCAGUCCGAGUGCGGUGUUUGUCUCGCCUGCAAAACUUGAGAAUUAUAAACUUCGCUUUGGAAAGACGAGUAAAAGGUGGGAAGGAGCAGUGGCGACUGUUAUAGAGACCCCUGGUGACCAUGUGUGGGGAGCAGUUUGGAAGAUCGAUCAAAAACAUAGGCAAACAUUGGAUGAACAAGAGGAGGUCCUGAGUGGCUGGUACCGCCCAAUCGAAGUGGACGUCACGGCCGCCAAAGAUGGGUCAACUGUCAAAUGUAUCUCGUAUCAAUUGACGACUCUUUACGGUCCGUUGGAUUCUCCCGAUGCUCCACCUCCGGAUAAACCAUCUCCACAUUACAAAGACGUCAUCGUACGUGGUGCAGCAGAAAGUGCCUUGCCCAAGGACUACAUCGAGAAGUUGAAAUCGAUUAAGGAUAAUGGAUUCUGUGGAACAAUUGAUCUUUAUGAUCUUGUGGUAAAGGGACAAACUGGAUCUUGAUCAUCUAGUAGUGUUAUACCGAUUAUGAAUGCAUACUCAGGCAGUUGUAUAGUAUUUUAUUUUAGUGUAACUGUUGUAUUUUGUUAAUGAUGUUAGUUAAUGAUGAACUAUACAUGUAUUAUGUAAUGUAACGCUACUGCUAAAGUGCGGAUAUUGUUUUGUACUUUUAAAGAGGGAGUAAAGGCAAUAUUUAGGUUUGUGGUUUGUGGUUUCCUAGUGGCCUAUAAUAAUAUGCAAAUUGUUUGGUUACUGAUUAAAAUAUUCCCUGUGCAAUUGUGAAUUGUGCCAGUGUACUGUGAAAUAGUGGAGACAUCUUUCAGUGACUGGGUUACUGGGUUAAAGUCUUACACAUUGUAGCCUCCCCUUUACUCUUGGGAGUAACAGCAGGUAGAGGUUAUCUGUUAGUCCUAAGCCAGGGAAGUCAUGUUUGCACCUGUAACAUCGCACUUUUUCAUAAUGCUUGCACCUCAUACUACUGUGCCAUUUCAUGAAGGGGAAUUCUGCAUGUGAUAGUCGUGAUAAAUUGCGGAUAAGAAAUAUAUGAAAUAUAUUUACAAGAAUUGUUUUAAUGGAGGUAAUGUAGAUGGGAUAAUAA